UGCUCAGUUCGCCCCGAUCAGCUGUUUUUGUGGUUACGUGACGUCAGCAGAACCGCCAGUGAAAUCAAUAUUUAUCCUUCUUGUGUGCAAAUUACAGAGACGCUAAUUAUACGCUCUGAUAAGACUUGGAAUUCCAUCAGGAUCUUUGGUAGCAGAUAGUGAAGAUAACUCACGAAGGAGCAGAGAACCAGAGGAUACAGAACAGGAAGAGACAAUGGCCAAAUUUGAUGAGAGAAUUGGGUUUUUGGGUGGGGGAAAUAUGGCUUUUGCCAUUGGAUCAGGUAUGGUGAAUCGGGGUCUGGUGAAACCUUCCCAGAUUCUUGCAUCUGGACCUCAUCUGGAGAAUCUCAUUCGCUGGAAGGAUAUUGGAUCUGAAAUAACAGCCGAUAAUGAAGAUGUGAUUAUAAAAUGUGACAUCAUCUUCAUUUGCGUGAAACCGCAUAUUCUGGAGAAAUGUGCAGCUGAAAUUCAGAGAAAACACAUUCGUUCCAUCAGGGAUUCGGACAAAUUGUUUGUUUCAGUGAUGGCUGGAAUAUCAAUUGAUGUAAUUGAAAAGCACUUUUACUUCAUUCCUCAACUGAAAAUAAUUCGUUCAAUGCCCAAUACGCCGAUGCAGGUGGGCGAGGGAUGUACGGUUUUCUCUCCGGGGCGCUAUGUGACACAGCACGAUGUGGAAAAAAUCAACACGAUUCUUAACUCACUGGGCACGGCCCAGGAGGUGCCGGAGAAGAUGAUAAAUGCCUUUUCGGCAAUAACUGGGUGUGGCCCAGCGUAUAUUUACACGAUAAUUGAGGCGUUGGCAGAUGGGGGUGUAAAACAGGGGAUUCCAAAGCAAACAGCCCUACAAGUGGCCGCCCAGAUGGUUUAUGGUACGGCUAAGACGGUGCUGGAGACAGGAAAGCAUCCGGCUGUACUGAGGGAUGAAGUAUGCUCACCGGGUGGUUCAACAAUUGCAGCAGUUCAUGAACUCGAGAAGGGUGGAAUUAGAAACAUUUUCAUUAAUGCUGUGGAAAGGGCCACAGUUCGUUCGGAGGAGCUUGGUCAGAGUAAUGCAGACUAACAUUAUCAGCAAUAUCGCCAGCAGUACUUACUCUAUAAGGCGAUAGACAAAGAAAACCAUGAACCACGACUUUAUAGACGUAGAUGGAUACGAAUGUAGGAGAGACAACAUUGAUCCAGAUCAUGCUCUCUCUCUCCCAAUGUGAAAAUCUCUCUUAAUUAUUUUUAUCAAAAAAGAAAUGUUUCUUUUUGGUUUUAAAAUGACAUCGAGGGAAAUAUUUCUUUCCUCUUUUUUUAGAAAUUUAACCAAAAGCUAGACACUGAUGCAUUAUAAAUAAAUUCACAAUUAUUUGAGCACAACUCUUCUUAUUGUUAUCUGUAAAAAAAAAUCAUAAGGACACUUAACAAAUUAGACUUUCGGAAAAUCAUCAAGAGAUUAUUGCAAAUUUAACACUAGAACAGCGGAGUUUUUUUUAUUGUCAUCUAAGAUAGAAUAGCCUAAUUCAGAACCUGCUCCGAACGAUUUUCAAUCUAUAAUAUUUUUGAUAAUUUUUUUUUUAUAUUAUGUUUCUGAAUGAAACAGUAAAUAGUUCUAUGGAUUUAGAAGUAAAAAAGAAUUUCAUCAGUCCAAAACAAGCGUUUAAGUAGCACUCUCCGGAAAACGAUCCAGUUACCGCACCUUACUAUAUGUCCUUCACAAACAAUGUGCGGUAAAGGCAAUCACUGUUAGAUUUAGGUAAUAUAAGUCCUCGAACCCUAGCCGAACCCCCCCUAACCAGAAGACUCGACAGGUACUUAGGACGUCCAGAAAGCAACAAAUUGAACAAAAAAAGCACUGCUCUCAUGUUCUAAAGUAAGGAUGUGCUUAGAGAGUCCGCCAUGAUUUUUGUGUUACCUGCAUGGGGAAAUUUUUAAACGCGAAUAAAAUCAACGAAUAUUGAAUAUUGGAAAAACUUGAUUUCCUAUGUAAAAAUGAACAAUUAUCCCUAUAAAAUGAAUUCUUUUCAAGAAAAAACGUUUAAGGGAGUUCAAUUUUAUAGAUAAAAAUAUGAUAAAUGUACCUACUAAUAUUUGAUUGGAAGCAUUGAAAUUCCAAGAAGAAUAAACUUGAGUGGUCCGCAAAAUUGGAAGUGAUUCGCAAAAUGGGUCCUACAUGAAUGAAAUUGUAAUUUUUUAUUCAUUUUAAAUCGACUAUUUGUGGAUAUGGACCACAAAGAUUAAAAGAAUUAACUUGUGUUUGUAUUUCUAAAUUUCCCAAAAUUUCAUUGAAAGUAACCCGGCUGACCAAUACUUUGACAGUUCUUUUUAAUCACUUAUUAGUAGUAGUACUCGUAGCAUUCGAUAUUUUAUUGAAAAUAAAAUAAAAUUUUACUUUUUAAAUUCAGAAAUAAACCCCAAAUUUCUAUAUUUAACUCAUAUAUUGUUAUUAUUUUAAAGGAAAAAAAGUGUUUUUAUUUAACCUAAAAUCUAAAACCUUUAAAUCUAAACCAUUGCUUUCUUAUACCAUAUUGCCGUUCUGAAUAUGGAUAGGGAAUUGAGCGUGGAUUAAGCAAAGAUACACUAACACAUAUACAGGAAAGCGAACAUUGCCGCCGGACUAUGCCCAAAGCGGCAGCAUUAUGCGUUAAUCGUCCGGAUAUGUUCAAAAUUAGAAAAAUAUUGUACUUAAGCAUAAUUUCGUGUGAUUUUCUUAAAAUUCUUUUCGUGGUUUCCAUCAUUUGUAUCAAGUACAAUUUUUCCAAAAAAAAAUGUCUUUUACAAUUUCCUUGAAAAGUUUACUUAGAAGUUUUACUUUGGAAAUUUACUUGCAAUUAUGCAUUUUUAAAAUCUAUAAAUAAUUCGAUUAUUUUUCAAACAACUUCUUAACUAAAAGCUGAAUAUUUGCUUUGUUUUCAAGCGGAAUUUUCCACAUUUUACUUUAAAUUGGUCACAGGUAAUUUUCAAAAUGAGUGUUGUUCAAAAGAUGUUAUGUCAAACCGAUUGGAAGUGUUAGAGAAAAUCCGAGGAUUUAAAUAGGUGUAAUUAGGAGAGAAUCAUACCUAACCAAGCACUUAACUGACUAUCAAAAUGUAAUGCAAAUUUUAAUUAAAUUAAAUUAAAUUAAUUUUUUAAUACAUAAUACCUCCUACAAAUUGUGGAAACAAGUAGAAAAAAGUUCCAUCUAGGCAGUGAUGCGCAAAUUUUUGUAUCCUGUGUAAUGUUUCCGAUGAAAAUGAGGCCUAUAUAGCUGGGCAAAAUGUUGCACGAGGCGGAGCAAACUAAAGCAGCUUCGUAAAAAGCGCCACUAAAUUUUCAUUUUUCUAUAGAGAAAAAUUCAAGGAUUUCCAGGAAUUUUGUGAGGUGGAGUUAUCAACCUAAUAAGUAAGAGAUUUUUUUUGACAUUGUGGUACAAUUGAUUCGGGUUGUUUGGCAUUCAAUGAGAAAUCCUGAAACUAGAACUCCAUUUUCCGUACGAAGCUGCACAACCUCCCUCUACUUUUUUCAUUUAUUGACGAUCCACUAAACAACUAAGGACUCAUUCUUGCAGAAAAAUCCGUCCGUAAGUUGGCUAUCAGGGAACAUUUGGCGUAUUUUGAUUGCGAUAAAACUACACAGUAAAAAAUAUGUAAAAUUUUACUACUAUAAUAGUGCAAAAUUGACCAUUUUAGUUGUUUAAUUUAAAAAUGUUUUAAAAAUGCACAACAUUUUGGUAAUUUAUUGUCACGUGAUUGAAAAUUACCACUAUUAUAGUUGAAACAUUUUUAAUAACGUUGUGACGUUUGAAAAUAUGUAAAAUUUUAACACUAUAAUAGUGUCAAAUCGGAUAAAUUAAUUAUAUAAUUGCGAUUUAUGUAAAAUUUCGCACUAUUAUAGUCAUAAAAAAUUUUCAACAAUGUUUUGUGAUUUAAGACUGUUGAAAAAUUCUUAAAAUUACCAUCAAUAUUUAGUAUGAUGGUAGUUUUUCACAUUAUUAUAGUGUGAAGCCUUGUGUAUUUCAACCAAAGCUGUUGAAUUUUUAAACAAAAGUUGUCGAAUUUUGAGACAAAAAUUCUUGAAUUUUUAAGCAAAAGUUUUGUGUAAAAAUUGUUGAAUUUCCAUUUAAGACAUAUACUUCAGUUAGAUACUCUUUUCAAUGGACAAAAAUCAUAUAGAACAUCAAAUAUUUAUAUGCAUAAUAAGUAUAUCGUGAAGAUCCGAGCAUCAGAUAUAAUCAUCUUGCAUAAAGAGGUGGAUCCCGAGUACAAAAAAAAAAUUACAAAUGUCUAAAAAUGCAAAAGAAAUAAAAUCUGCGAAAUGAAAUGAAAAUUCAACAAUUUUUAAAUUCAACAACGUGAAAUUCAACAAUUUUAAAUUUAACACUAUAAUAGUGGUGUGAAAGAUUACACACUAUAAUAGUGUCAAUUUUUUUGUUUUACUGUGUACGAAAAAUUUAAUUAAUUUGCAGCAAAAAUCACUGAAAACUACUUGUAAAUAAAUCACAGAACCAAUUUUUAGCAAUUUCUAAGCCCCAUUUGAUAAAACAUUGGAGUUUAUUUGAUACUUCAUAGUUAGGUUAUGUUUCAUUCUUUUUGAUAUUUUAACCAUUUAUCGGACAGUUUUUACCAAUUUUUCAUCACUAUAUGUUGGAAAACACUUGUUUUAACUAAUUUGAAUGUUAUUUUUAGACAAAACACUUAAGAAAUUAAAGGAAAACUAAGAAAAUAUGGGAGCGUUCCACAUGCAAGCUACCAAGAAUUGAAAAACUCGCACACUAAUAAUGUAAAACCGCAUCAGCAGGCUGUAAUACACGCUCAAUUCGCUGUCCAUAUUCAGAGCGGCAAUGCUUUUACAUAAAAUAUUAUUACCAUUUUGUUUUAUUUUGCAAAAAAUAAGACAUUUUCCCUUAAAUUAUCCCUAGAAUUCAUUCUUAACGUGUUUUUUUUUUAAACGUGAAACUUACGUGAAUAAUUGACCUUACGGCAAAUAGACGUGGCAUGAUCAGACCAUGAAAGAGUUGAAUUGAUGAUGAUUCCAAGGUUUUUGAUCUGGUCGACAUAAGGGAUAAUUUCUCCGUUGAGGAUCAAAGGAUACGAAGUAGAAGAUAGUGAUUUUUUAGAGAUAAUGAUAGCUUGAGACUUUUUGGGAUUCAAAAUCAAGCCGUUUGAAGAUGAGGUUAAAAGCAUGUAGAGGAUUGAAAGGAUCGCCUUCAAUAUAAAUUUGUAGGUCAUCUGCAUAGAGAUGAAAGAAGCAAUUAUAUAAUACUGAGGGCAAAUCAUUAAUAAAGAGGGAAAACAUAAGAGGGCCAAAAUGGAACCCUGGCCAAUGCCUUUACUUAAAGAACAAGGUGGUGAAACUUCACCGAAUCUUACAAUUAUUUUAAAUUCAUAAAAAUAAAAAAAUUGCCCAUGUGUGCAAUUUCGGACAAAAAGUUUCUCGAAGCCUUCUGGUCUUCCAAAAUUCUUCCAAAGAUUUCUUUUAAACAUCACGUCCGUAGAGGCGGGACUCUUUUAUUUUAUUAUUAGUAAUUGAAAAACAACUGAAAAUUUAUCAAGUUUCGAUAAAAUACGUGGUGUCCGAUAUUGCAAGCUGGCCGAAACUUGGUAUCCUCUAGAUUUUUUUUCUUCCAAAAAAAAACUGAUUAGAAAUCGUUACAUCCAUUAACGAAUAUCGUAAAUUUCUUUUUUCUUCAGUUUUAGCUUUACCACUUUCAAUACUAUUAGAAAAAUUCAUAUUUUUUAAUGAUCUCUUAACUUUCAACAAAAAGCAAUUGUCGAAUUAAGUCUUGCAUGACAAAUGCUGGAAUUUGCAUUAAUUGACUUUCCGGUGCAAUAAUUUUUUUUUAAUAUUAUUUACUGGCAACUCAAGCAUCACUAGUGCUUAUCGGCUGAACUUAUCAUUUACAGAAAAAAAAUAGUAUGUAGGAUAUUAUUCGUCAAAUGACCUUUAGCAAUGUACAAGAUGAUGAAUAUCGAUCCAUAAAUGCCAGGGAAAUGAAUAAGUUCAACAUCUCUGCGGGGUUUGGUGGUAAAAAAAAAUAAAUUUUGUUUAGGUACUUAUCCUGUUAAAUGUAAUUUAUUUUGUGUUGAAUUUGCAGAAUUAAUCUACUCAGCCUCACUAUAAAUUGCAUUUUAAACAUUUUACGAGCUUCGUUUUUCUAGUGUUAAUAAACUUCUUUUGCUCCUUUCGCGGCAUGUUUUUUUUUGAUGAUUCACCCAUGAAAUAAAAAAUACUGACGUAAAAUCCAGUAGAAACUUUCCUAAGUAGUAUCCGAGAUUAUAUGUCUCCAGUGCCACCAAUAAAUUAAACACAAUUUCCUGUUUAGUUUUAUCUCAAUCCAGUGUUUUUUUUCUUAUUCUUCCCAAAAAAGAAUUUGAGAAUUAAAAGAAUUGAGAAAACUACAUACAAAAUAUUUUAUUAUACAUUUUAUUUUGCACAAAUAUAUAUAUAAUAUCGCCUACAAAUAAAAAGUGGUUAGUUCAGUUUUACAUUUUACACAUUUAAUAAAAAAAAAGACAGUUUUGAGUCGAAAGAAAAAAAAGAUUCAAAUGCGUAUCAUUCUGAUUCUACUUCUUUCGGUCUUUCUCUCUGCAUCCUCCUCUCUGCAGAUUUCGCUGUUAUUAGUUAUUGCUUUUUAUCUUUAAUUUUUUUUCUAUUUUCUUGUUUACUCUCUAUCUGUCUUUUAUAAAGUGGUUGGAUGGUUGUUGGAAGUUUGUUUACCAUAUCUUUUUUUUAUUAUUCAAGGAGAUUAAUUUAUUAUAGUAGCUUGUUUGAUUGAUACUCUCGUGAGUUUUGAGAAUCAUUUUUUUUUUGUUGAAACAUUCACCCGAAAUGAAGAUAAAUUUAAAUUCUACUGCGUCUAAGCACUAAUUGAUGAUGAAGGUAUAAUGAAUAAAAGGUACGAAUUGUAGUGUAUUUACAAAGAAAGUGUAUGAAGAUGAUUUAUCCACAAAAAAAUUACAAUAUUUUUUUUUUUCUGUGUCAAUUAGGCACACAAGUGAUUACAGUUAGAGAAGGUAUUCAACGUGAAUCUUUUUAAUUGAGUAAUUUUGUAAAUUUGUCAAAUGUCUUCACAUAAAUAACUACACUGAGAGAAAUACGAAAAAGUUAAAAUAACAUUCCGAAAAUGUUAAUUUUACCCUGCAGUAUUGAUCCGAAAACGGUGUAAAUAUAACCCUUUUUAGGUGUAUUAUGGGUUAAAGUUACCCUUCUUUCAUGUUGAUUUUACCCUUAAAAGGUGUAAAAUUAACAUUAAAAAAUGUUGAUAUAUUUUUGCACCCAAAAAGUGUUAAAAUUAUGACGAAAAAAGUUAAUCGCAGCCUCUUUUUUUCUCAGUUUAGGUCUUGGAAGAUUUUUUUAAUCGAAAUAUAUUUUUUAAAAUCUUAUCUUAAAAACGCUUUGACGUAUAUUUAUAAAUACUGAAUAUCAAAUCCAAAAAAUGUAUUUGUUUCAAUACCGUCAUUAUAAAAAAAAACUCCCAUAAGUAGUGUUUUGCUUUCUAAAUAAAUUCUGCCAAAACACAUUUUAGGCCACGCCCCUUCAAAAU